CGGGGUCACAACCAAACAGCUAGUAACGGCUGGAGACCCCGCCUUCCGGCCGCAAAAGGCCCAGUCCGAUACACUGUUACGCCAGAUACGCAGUGGGGACUCACGCCCCUCUGGAGGCAGUGUCUGCGGGAUUCGCCCUCCUCACUACCCUGCCCCGUCGAGCAUAGGGAGGGCUAGAGUCAUUGACGCGGUUCCCCAGCUCCAGAGGGCAUCUUUUGACCAGAUAGCUCUUGCCGUCACAGUUUGCGCCGCGUGGUCCCAGCCGUCCAGUCCCCCAGCUCCAGUUGUCGUCGGGGGCCCCUUGGCGGCUCCUUCCGCCCCUCGGGGGCCCUGCCCUCUCUCUGCUUUAUUUCCGCUCUUCCCCGACAUCUUCCGGCCGCUUCCCACCUGCUGCCCUCCAUGUUCUCCUAGCACUGCCUCCGUCGACCGCCACACGUCAAGGGCGUCUGGCCGUUGUGGCGCCCGCGCGUCCCCUGUAGAGCCUUUGGGACGACGUCCGGGGCGUCCCGACUGCUGGGAAUUGCAACCAUGAAUGAAGAAAACAUAGAUGGAAUAAAUGGAUGCAGUAAAGUCAGAACUGGUACUCAGAAUGAAGCAGCAUUACUUGCUUUGAUGGAAAAGACUGGUUACAACAUGGUUCAAGAAAAUGGGCAAAGGAAAUUUGGUGGUCCUCCUCCAGGUUGGGAAGGUCCACCUCCACCUAGAGGCUGUGAAGUUUUUGUAGGAAAAAUACCUCGUGAUAUGUAUGAAGAUGAGUUAGUUCCUGUAUUUGAAAGAGCUGGAAAGAUAUAUGAAUUUCGACUUAUGAUGGAAUUUAGUGGUGAAAACCGCGGUUAUGCUUUUGUGAUGUACACUACAAAAGAAGAAGCGCAAUUAGCCAUCAGAAUUCUUAAUAAUUAUGAGAUUCGACCAGGGAAGUUUAUUGGUGUGUGUGUAAGCUUGGAUAAUUGCAGGCUAUUUAUUGGAGCUAUUCCUAAGGAAAAGAAGAAAGAAGAAAUUUUGGAUGAAAUGAAGAAAGUUACAGAAGGAGUUGUAGAUGUCAUUGUUUAUCCAAGUGCAACUGAUAAGACCAAAAAUCGUGGUUUUGCAUUUGUUGAAUAUGAAUCUCACAGAGCUGCUGCUAUGGCUAGGAGAAAACUAAUCCCAGGUACAUUCCAACUAUGGGGCCAUACCAUUCAGGUAGAUUGGGCUGACCCAGAGAAAGAGGUUGACGAGGAAACAAUGCAGAGAGUUAAAGUUCUCUAUGUAAGAAAUUUAAUGAUCUCAACUACAGAGGAAACAAUUAAAGCAGAAUUCAACAAAUUCAAACCUGGUGCCGUUGAACGAGUAAAGAAACUUAGAGAUUAUGCUUUUGUUCACUUUUUCAACCGAGAAGAUGCAGUGGCUAUUAUGUCUGUUAUGAAUGGAAAAUGCAUUGAUGGAACAAGUAUUGAGGUAACACUGGCAAAACCAGUAAAUAAAGAAAGCACUUGGAGACAGCACCUUAAUGGCCAGAUUAGCCCUAAUUCUGAAAACUUGAUUGUGUUUGCUAACAAAGAAGAGAGCCACCCAAAAACUCUAGGCAAGCCACCAACUCUUCCAGCUCGUCUCAAUGGUCAGCAUAGCCCAAGUCCUCCUGAAAUCGAAAGAUGCACUUAUCCAUUUUUUCCUGGAACAAAGCUUACUCCAAUUAGUAUGUAUUCUUUAAAAUCCAAUCAUUUCAAUUCUGCAGUAAUGCAUUUGGAUUAUUACUGCAACAAAAAUAAUUGGGCACCACCAGAAUAUUAUUUAUAUUCAACAACAAGUCAAGAUGGGAAAGUACUCUUGGUAUAUAAAAUUGUUAUUCCUGCUAUUGCAAAUGGAUCCCAGAGUUAUUUUAUGCCUGACAAACUCUGUACUACCUUAGAAGAUGCAAAGGAACUGGCAGCCCAGUUUACGCUACUUCAUUUGGACAGGGAACACAGUCUCUUCAGCCUGGACCUAUAUAGAAGAAUUUGGAGAAAAUAAACAGGUCCUUACUGAUGUUGGAGUUUACUCUCCUGCAGUUGGUCUCAUUGCUGUUGGCUAAAUAUUAAGUCCCAUGACAACAUUCAGUUAAUGCUCAAUGUUUUAGGCCUCAUCUAUAAUACCAGGAAAAUAUAGAAAAAAACCUUAUUUGUACAUUGGAUUACCUAAUUCCUUUUCUUUCCUUCCUAGAAACACCAUGACUUUUAUAAAUAAUCAUUUUAUAGUCAUUGUCAGACCCUUGGCUUUUACUACUCUAAAGAACAUAGUUGAGUUUUUGGAAAGUACAGGAUUUACCAAUUUGGUCUUUAAUAUUCAUAAACAUAUAUAAACAUUAUAAUUAAUGAAGCAGGAAAUUAUUGGUGCAUAAGAUGAAUGUUUAUUGUGGAAUAGUAAUAUUUCAAAUAUAAUUGGUUUUUAAAAAAAUAAUUCGGUUUUAAUUUUUGGGUUUUUCUAUACUAUAAGUUGAUAAUGGUUUCUUGAAGUUAAUUUUAUAAACAUGAUUCAUUUUAUUGUUUUAUGGUACAAGUAGGAACUCUAAUGUUAAAUUGGUGUAUUGAGUUAAUACAAACGUUUAUAUUAGUAUUUAAAUAAUGAAAUAUUGGUCAGUUAGUUUACACCAAAUGUUUUUGCAGUCCAGGGGAGAAUGCUUCGGCUGGUUUGAUGCCUAAUACAGUUUCAAGAAAAAAUAAGCAAAUAUGAAUUUGCUGUUUUUUAUCUUUUCUCCAUGGACUACCCCUUAGCAUCAGAACCAAAUUUAAAAGGAGCUCCAUUGUGGAGCAAGAGAAAUCAGAGGUUCUCUUUUUUUUUCUGUGAUCAAAAAGACACAAAGCUUAUAAUUGAAAGAUAUGUAAGAAAAAGAUAUACAAGAAUGCAUUCUAGUAAUAUCUCUGAAGCGCUGAGUCAGUGAAAGAAACGUAAUACUGGCUGAUAAAACUAUCAGAACUUGCAAUGCAGUGAAUGCUCAGUCUUUACCAGCAAAAUAGUAUUAGCAGGAUUUCGGAUGUUAGGACAUUAUGUUAAACUGUGAUUAUAGUUUUAACGCUUUGUCUCUUUGAAUUAAAUUUGUAUCCAUAAAGAUGUGCAGCAUAAUUGUUCAUGUAUUUAUUUACAGACUACAAUUUCCGUCGCAGCUCAAUAAAUAGUCUUUCCCCUG